AUGUUUACGCGAUUUUUCACCCAAACCCGAAAAUUUACGCAAAAAAUGAAGGAAAUCACGUCGGAAGUCACUUCACACGUCAAAUCCUCGUCAGAUCCGAGUUCCGUGACACUCGCUGCCGACUUGCUGUUGCAAGGAGAAGUCAUCGCACUACCCACAGACACCGUUUAUGGACUCGCCUGCAACGCAAACAAUCCUCGUGCCAUCCAAAAGUUGUACGAAAUCAAGGGCCGAGACGAAAACAAGCCCGUCGCAAUUUGCGUCGACACAAUUUCCGCCGUGAAACGCUUCGGAAAUGCCGAUCAUCUGCCCGACGAGUUGCUUCAUCAAUUGCUGCCGGGUCCCGUGACACUCGUUUUAUUCAAAUCGGAGUUUUUGAAUAAUCCGUUUCUCAAUCCGGGCGUCAGUAAAAUUGGCAUCCGUAUCCCAAAGUAUUCGUUUAUUCAGGAAAUUGCGGCAAAAUGUGAUUUUCCUGUCGCACUUUCGAGCGCGAAUCGAAGCAGUGAGAAGAGUUCCUUGAAUGUUGGGGAAUUUAAGAAUUUGUGGAGAGAAUUGGGAGCAAUUUUUGAUGGCGGGCAACUGGGACAAGAUCAACAAAGGGCGGCGUCGACAGUCAUUGAUGUCUCGGAACCGGGAAAAUUUAGCGUUAUAAGGGAUGGAGUUGCUGUGAAGGAGACUAUUCGAUUGUUGGAGAUGUAUGACAUUAAAGAGUUGCGAUAGGAAUUAGGAUUUAGACGUUAAUAAAUUUAAAAUUUUUACCGAAUAAGGAUAGAAAAUUAAAAAAAAUAUUGUCCGUAGAGGAGAUUUUUGUUGAAAUUUCGCUUCAAAAGGGAAAUUUUUAUUGAAAUUUGUCUCAAAGAGGAAAUUUUUUGUUGAAAUUUCGCUUCAAAAGGGAAAUUUUUAUUGA